CGGCUCGAUUGAACUGUCACUUGACGGGAACGUUCGCUGGUAAUGAAAUCAAAAUAAACAAACCGAGAGAUUUGCAUUCUUUGCACUACUCAUUAUUGGUUAUUAGUUCCAACGAGUUGAAACUAUUGAUGAAUUUAGUGUAAUGCGCCAGUGUUUUGUGUUAAAGCCUUUGUGAAUCAGAGUGUUCAUUGCUAUGUCUUUGAAUCCGGAGUGGACCAUAACAUGUCGCGUUUGCCUGCAGGAGGGCGAUAUCCGAUCCCUGUUCGAUGUUUGCCCUCAGUACAACUUGACCUACUGUGCCAAGGUGAUGCAGUGUACCGGUGUAGAGAUUCGACGUAACGACACGUUGCCCGAGCAGAUCUGCGUCCAGUGCAUCGGAGAUUUGAACGUGGCGUACAGAUUCCGACUCAAUUGUGAAAGCUCUGACGCGAUACUACAAUCAUACCGGCAAGCAACGCGGGAUAAAAAUGAAAGAGAACGGCAGCAGAAUGUUUGCCAGGGGGAGGACUCCUGUUCGUCAUCAGAGAUACAAAUACCUAUCAGCUCAGAUGUGGUGUACAGCUAUAAACCUCCUUCGGGAUUGAAUGUAAAGCUGGUAUCCAGAGAGUGUACGGUUCUGUUGGAAAACAACGGGGAAAUUAUUAUCUGUGAACCGUCCGUUGAACCCAAAACAAAUCUAAAGGAACAGUAUGAUGUCACAUCUGUGCAGCGUCCUCCUGAAGACCAGGGCGCCGAGGACGACGAGGAAGACAACGAUUCGUUGAUAACAUACGACGAUGCGCUUCCACCGUCAGCCUUGCAGCUGGACAAUGACGAUCAGGAGAUUGGGGGAAAAGAAACAGAUGAAAGAACCGAUGUGAUCGAUGACCUGGUGGAAAAUGAUACUCAAAAUAGUGGUAGUAGUGAACAACAUCCUGGAGAUGUCGAUGCGGACAUAUAUUUCGAUAAUGAAUUUGUGUACAUUAGGAAAAACAAUACUGACCAGGAACAAAUUGUCUGUGAAAAGUUGCAGGAUAACAUAGGCAAAUGGGAGGUAAUCUAUGAUGAAGCGAAUAGUAAUGAGUAUUUGGAGAAAAAUGCACAGCCCAAAAUAGUUGAGAGUGUCCCCGAACGUACGACGGAUGGACCGGUUCCGCAACAAAGCGCAGUGCAGCUAACGAAUCCCAUUAAAACUAUUCAAACCAUUCGGAAGGCAAAUAUUCCGAACGAGGAGAAGCCGACAAUUGAAAACAUUAUCACGAAACCGGGACCGGACGGCUCGCUGGAGACGGUAAUCCGAGUUAAGCGGAACCUGAAAAUGGUCACUCAGCAGCAUGUGUGCAAAUUGUGCAACAGUUCGUACAAGUACAAACACGCGCUCGAAACUCACCUUCGCCGACAUCGCGGUGAUAAACCGUACAAGUGUACCGAUUGUGAGAAAGCUUUCGUAGUGCCGUUUGAGCUGCGGCGGCACAUGCGGACGCACACUGGUGCCAAACCGUACAAAUGCAAAUACUGUGAGAAGAAAUUCUCCGAUUUCGGUAGCAAAAUCAAACACGAGCGAACUCACACUGGAGAGAGGCCAUAUACUUGCGAGGUUUGCAAGAAAAGCUUUACUUAUUCGCACGUUUUAAACAGUCACAUGUUGAUUCACACCGGAGUGAAGAAAUACUCCUGUCCAGAUUGUGGGAAGCGAUUCACGAAAUCGCAUCACUUGAAGACGCAUCUGAACACACACACCCGCUCGAGUGCCGGCAGCAAUUGCUUCGCCGGCAAAUGCAGUCGUAGUGGUGUGCCCAGCGUGCUAGCAACUCUGAAUCUAGACCAACCUGACUCGGAUCACUUAUUGGUGGACGGUAUGGAUAACCGUUCUGCCGAAUUUCAACUGGAAGAUACGUCCGCCGCUGGAAAUCCCUUCGGACAACUUGUAAACCUAAGCGAUUACAUGAUUGCGCCCAAAACGGAAUCGACCUCGAUUGGAACCCUCAUGGGUGACUGUGUUAUUCAUGAUGGCGGCGGAUCGGGACACGAUGUUGGGGACGUGACGGACGAUGAGGAUGCGCUGUUGAACGUGGUGACGGUGCUGACAUCGAAUCAGGUCGUCGGAUUGGUCGAAGGUGAUUAUGCCAACAUAAGGAUCAUCAACGAGUGAAUAAAGUCGUUCAGGAAACGA